GCGGAGCUCAUCGCCCCCGAGCGCGCGAGCCCAGGCUGCGGCGCGCAGCUGGACGCCAGCGACUCUGUCGACCCCGCGGGCAACGACCUGGCGUUCGCGUGGAGCUGCGCCGCCGCCGCCUCCGCCGAGCACGCCCCCCCGGCCGCGGCCGACGCCGUGCGCUGCGGGGAGCUCGCCAGCGGCACAGCGGCCUCUGCGCUCGUGAUCCCAGGCGGCCUGCUCGGCAGCGGCACCUACGAGCUGGCGGUAACGGUGUCCAGGCCCGGCGCAAACACCACCGCGACCGCCAGGCUCGAGAUGAUCGAUGCCCUGGACCCCGUGGUCGCCAUCGAGGUGCCGCCGGCACAGGCGUCGCCCCAGCAGGAGCUCCGUCUCGCCGCCGCUGCGGUGGAGUCCGAGAUCUGCGCCGUGCCGCCGUGGAAGUCCUGGUGGAUCAUCCCCGCCGAUGGUGGCGCGGAGAACGCCACGCUGCUCUCGCGGUCGGCGUCCAACGCGGGCCUGGUGGUACCCCCGCCGCUGCCAGUGGCCCCAGGAUCGUACCGGCUGAGCCUGGUCCUGUCGGCCUCGGCGGACGCGUCCUGGCUCGCGGAGUCCUCCGACGGGGUGUUCGUGUUCGCGGCCGGGGCCCUCGAGGUCGACGCGCCGCCCGCCGGCGGCGCCUGCCGCGUGUACCCGGAG